AAUAAAUAUACAUACAAUUACAUGAUUUUUCGCUUUAUAAAACUGACACAAAUUUUCAUUUGGUGUACGUGACAGAAUGAAUGGUCGGACGCAAAAUUUAUGGUUUUCUACGUUUCGUUUAGUAAUAGUCUAUGCUUUGUUUUUUGCUAAAUUAUGUUUUGGGCAAGAAGAAUGUUUAAGAGGAGGUUGUUACCCAGCCACAGGAGAUUUACUUGUUGGUCGUGAAAAUAGAAUAACAGCUACAUCAACUUGUGGUUUAAAAGAGCGCACCAAGUAUUGUAUUGUAAGCUUUCUAGAAAAAGAUGAAAAAUGUUUCUGGUGCCAUUCCACUCCAGAGAUUGAAUCAAGUGGAAAUAGAUAUAAAUAUAGCCAUUUACCUAAAUAUAUGGUCACACAAGUACCAGCAGAUAGAUUAAAAGGAUGGUGGCAAGCUGAAAAUGGCGUUGAAAAUGUUACAAUACAGGUUGAUUUUGAAGCAGAGUUUGUGUUUACACAUUUAAUAAUGACAUUUAAAACAUUUCGACCAAAAGCAAUGUAUAUUGAAAGAUCACUUGAUUAUGGAAAAACAUAUAGUGUGUACAGAUAUUUUGCUUACAAUUGUGCACAAUCAUUUCCUAAUAUUCCCACUGGAACACAACACAAUAUUGACGAUGUAGUAUGCGAAGAAAGAUAUUCAAAAGUUGAACCUAGCACACUUGGAGAGGUUGUCAUGAAAGUCCUUGACCCAACUGUCCAAAAAGAACAAGACCCAUAUAGUUUAUCAGUACAGAGGCUUCUAAAAUUGACAAAUCUUCGAAUAAGGUUUACUGAGCUUCACACAUUUGGUGAUAUUGUUCUUGGAAAUAGUGGAACAAAGUCUACAAAUUAUUACUAUGCUCUGUAUGAGUUAGUUGUAAGAGGAAGUUGUUCUUGUUAUGGUCAUGCUGAACAUUGUAUUCCUUCUCCAGAUGCUCCAACUAAUGUUAAUAUGGUUCAUGGUAUGUGUAACUGCACACACAAUACUCAAGGGAAAAAUUGUCAAGAAUGUAAAGAUGGCUACAACGACCUUCCUUGGCAACCAUCAUACAAAGAUAAAUUAAGUGUAUGCAAAAAAUGUAACUGUAAUGGUCAUAGUGAUAAGUGUCAUUUUGAUAUUGCUGUUUAUAAUGCAAAUGGAAAAACAAGUGGUGGUGUAUGCGAUGAUUGUCAACACAACACUCAUGGUCGCCAAUGUGAACAGUGCAAACCAUUGUACUAUCGAGAUCCUUUUAAAAAUAUCUUUGACCCAGAUGUCUGUAAACAAUGUGAUUGUGACCCUUCUGGCUCAAUUGGUAGAGGAGAAUGUGAAACAGUCAGUAGUGUUGUAAAAUUAGGCUCAGAAGAACAUUUAAGUUCUAUUCCUGGAAAAUGUAUUUGUAAAUCAAAUGUUGAAGGAAAGCGAUGCGACCAAUGUAAAAAUGGAUUUUGGAAUCUAUUAGAGUCAAAAAGUGAAGGAUGCCAGUCUUGUAACUGUGAUGAAAGAGGUUCCGUUGAAAUUAACAAGUGCGAUCAACAAACUGGAAUUUGUCGGUGCAAGCGAAAUGUGCAAGGCUUCACAUGUAGCAAGUGUAUGGAUGGUUUUUGGGCUCUUGGUUCCACUAAAGAAGGUUGCCAAAAAUGCGGUUGUGAUGUUGGUGGCUCUGUUAGCAGUGUUUGUGAUGACAUUUCAGGAAGUUGCCAAUGUAAACGAAACAUUAUUGGGCGUCAGUGUAAUUUAGUUCAAACAGGCUAUUAUGUAGAAGACCUUAGUCAUAACAAAUAUGAAGGGGAAGACUCGGUGCCUGGAGAAGUUGAUACUCCAUUCAAUGUUCGCAAAAUAAUAGUCAAUGAGGGUGAUAAUAUAACUUGGACAGGUGAAGGUGGUGUGGGGGUGAAAGAAGGUUCUGUCAUUGAAUUUUCCACUGUUCGAGUUCCUUCAACUGGUUCUUACAAAAUAUAUAUUCGCUAUGAUGCCAAGAACCAUGGUAAAUGGAGAGAUGUUGUUGUUACAGUAAAACGUAAAGAUGGCAGGGAGCUAGGAGGAGAUGGAUGUGCUGUUAUUAAUGAUAACAAAGUUUUAUACUAUCCGAUAUUGUCAGAAUUUAAAAUGAAUGAAGCUCUUACUAAUGAUAUAUGUUUUGUUAAAGGAGUGGUCUAUGAUGUUCAAGUUAAUUUUAUUAAGAAUUUAGGAGAGCCAGAUGGAGAAACCUUUGUUGAUUCAAUUGUUCUUAUACCAAAUGUUGAUGACUUUGAUGUUAUGGAAGGGCAAGAUGGUGCCUAUUAUAAAGACUUAUGGGAGAAAAAUAAUUGUCUUGAUUACUAUUUAAAUCCAGUGCUCGAAAAACAAGUUCCAGAUGUGUGCAAAAAAAUUCAGUUUUCUAUUUCAACGCAACUAAACAAUGGAGCAAGUAGUUGUGAUUGUGAUGUUCAAGGCACAGUUUCAACUGGUUUAAGUGAAAAACUAACUUGUGAAAGCAUUGGUGGGCAGUGUCCAUGUAAACCUGGUGUUAUUGGUCGAAGAUGUGAUCGAUGCAAAACAGGAUACUAUGGAUUUGGUUCUGAAGGUUGUAAAGCAUGUAAUUGCAGUCGUGUUGGGUCAAAAAAUCUAUUGUGUGAUGAUUUUACUGGUGAGUGCUUAUGUAAAGAAGGUCUUGAAGGGCGUACAUGCAACUCUUGUCCUAAAAACCACUUUGGAUUUCCUGAUUGUAAACCGUGUAAGUGUUAUGGACAUUCAAGUACUUGUGAUGCUGCCACAGGUGUAUGUAAUAACUGUUUACAUAAUACUAAGGGAACAAACUGCCAGCUUUGCAAGGAUGGGUAUUAUGGGAAUGCUCUACUAGGUACUGAAAAUGCAUGUCAGCGAUGCCAAUGCCCUGGUGGUAGCAGUGGAAAUCAAUUUAGUAAUACUUGUGAAUUAAGAGAUGUUGGAAAGGUUUUUUGCACAAACUGUUCUGAAGGUUUUACAGGUACUCAAUGUGAGAAAUGUGAUAAUGGGUAUUACGGAAAUCCAUUGAUUCAAGGUGGCACUUGUAAAAAGUGUUUAUGUAAUGGUAACAUUAAUUCGGCUUCAACUCCUAAAUGUGAUAGUGCAACUGGAAAAUGUUUCAACUGUCUUAACAAUGCAUUUGGUGAUUUUUGUGAAACAUGUAAACCAGGAUUUUAUGGAAAUGCUUCAAAACAAAGUUGUAAAGCAUGUGAAUGCAAUAGUCUGGGCACUAACAACAAUACAGGUGGUUAUUGCAAUUCUGUAUCUGGUCAGUGUCCCUGUUUACCAAAUGUAGUUGGAAUGAAUUGUGAUAAAUGUGCUGAUGGAUUUUAUGAAAUGAUUAUUGGGAAAGGUUGUAGAAAUUGUAUGUGUGAUCUCGAGGGAUCUUUGGAUGGAACAUGUGAUAAGACAAAUGGUCAAUGUAAAUGUAGAGUUGGUUUUGGUGGGCAGUUCUGUUCUGAAUGUGAGAAUUAUUCGUGGGGUAUGCCAAAAACUAUAAAAGGCUGUAAAGCAUGUAACUGCAAUCCAGCAGGCUCUGCUGAUCUUCAGUGUAACAGAACUUCUGGUGUUUGCAAAUGUAAACCUAAUGUUGUUGGUGAAAAGUGUGAUAUGUGUGCUCCUCGCACAUCAGGCAAAAUGCCUACUUGCAGCAACUGUCAUACAUGUAAUGAUCAGUGGGAAGACAUAAUUAAUGAGUUGGAAAUAAAAAUUUUGAAUUUGAAACGUUUGAUUGGUAAUGUUACAUUCAAUGCAAGUGAAAUUUCUUCAUACAAUCAAGAUAUAGAAGAGUUGAAUGACAGGUUGAUAGAUAUAGAAAAUUAUAUGAAAAAUAUAUCGUUGACCGCACAAGAAGUUGAUGCACUUCGAACAAAGCAUACAGCUUUUAAAUUGUUAUUGGAUGGUCUUGCACUAAAAGCUGAUAACUUAUCAGUUGUAGUUGCUAAUAAUACACAGCGUUUACAAUAUGAUAAUAUUGAGCUUGACAUGUUAGAAUUGCGAAUGGGAUCUUUGAAAAAGGAUGCUAAAGAUUUCAGGGAGAAUGUUACAACAUUGCAAGAAGGAAAUAUUGAAGGAGGCUUUAAUAGUACUUUGGAUAGUCAAAGACGAUCUAGAGAAGCACAACAACUUAUUAAUGUCACAGAUGAUAUUAUUUCAAAAUCUAAAGUAACUCGACGGAAAAUUAAAAAUACAAUAAUUUCUCCCAAAAAUGAUAAAUCUUUUGAAAAAUUAGAUAAAGACAAUAACAAGUUGUUGGAUAAUUUAACAGAAUACAUUUCACUCUUAGAGUUAAAACUUAAGGCGUUGAAUGCAAUUUUGUGUGGAAGUAAAGAAAAUACCUCUUGUGGUUGUGACCGUAUUAGCUGCAUAAGUUGUAAUUGUGAUGGAUUAAGAAAUAUGGUAGACAUUGCUUUUACAGAUGCAAAGCAGGCGGCAUUUGUAACAGAAGAAAAGAAAGUUGCUGUAAAUCAUAUGGUUGAAAACCUAAAAGUUGUGCAGGCUCUUGCUUUAAGCUCUAAAGAGGCUGCUAGUUCUGCUAGCAAAUCAUCAAAUGAAGCAAAGAGAAUUGCAGAAAAUGCUGUGAACAAUAUUACAUCUUUAAUUCAAGAAAUAUUGAUAUUUUUGAAUUCUUCAACAAAUCACCCUAAUAUUUCAAGAGCUUUAUCUUUGGAAACAAUAAAAUUGAACAUUUCCCUUACGCCUGAUGAUGUAAAGGAAUUGGCAGAUCAAAUUAGGCAAGUGGUCACAAAUUUAACUGAUGUUGAUCGAAUCCUUAAUGAAAGUAAAAAGGACUACGACAGAGCGAUUGAUUUAAAGAAUAAAGCUAUGGAUAUAAAAAAAUAUGCAUUGUAUGUUGUGAAUAAAACUCAAACAGUAUUAGAUCAGCUUUCUGAGGCUGCACUUUUGCAAAACUACACAGCUUCAAAUAUAAGUAUUGGAUAUAUCAAACAUAAAGAAGCUACAGAUCUGAUAAUUGAGAUCGAAAAACUGCUUGCAGAAACUGAAGGAGCGCUAGAUGUUUCUCUAAACAAAACUAAUAAGCUCGAGAAUAAAAGAAAGAGAAUAUUGGUCAUGUUUGAAAAGAACAAACAAAAUUUACGCAAAGCCGAAAUAGAAGCUGAAAAUGCUAAAGAAGUUGGACAAGAUGUUGCUGAAUCUUCGGAGGAGCUUUCUAAAAAUUAUCAAAAAGCAGAUGAAAAACUCAAAAUCAAGGUCAACGAAACUAAAAAUCUUCGUGAUCGAGUUCAAGCACUUUUGGACAAUGCAGUGAAGCUUUUUGAGAAUGCUGAUAAACAAAUGAAAAAAAUCGAUAUAUUAAAAACAAUUUAUAAGAAAAAUCAAGAUCUAGUUGAAGAUUUGUCAAAAGAAUUGCGUAUACUUGAAAUUAAAGCAAAGUACACACGUGAUAGACUUAUCGUUCUCGAUAAAUGGCAUGGAGGAUGUAAUCCUGAUUUAAGUGUAAAGGUGGAUCCUAACUUAGCCGGCGUCAAGGUGCAGUUUAUAAAAGAUCUUAAAGAUGCGGGUGGGUGUGAUAAUAAUAUCUGCCAAUGAUGAAGUCUGUUUUAAUAUCAUUUUAAUAUCAUAACAAUACGGGUACGAGUAAAAAAAAAGUGUACAAAUUUUAUAUUUUUAUUUUCAUCUACACAAAAAACAUGUGACUUUUUGGAUUGCUUUUGACAAUGGUUGAAUCAUUGAGGCACACGUUUUUACUUUUCUCGAUAAACCAACUUUUACAUUCACUUCAACAGUCCUCUUUUCAAUAUUUAGAUUGCUUUUAAGUGAAUUUUAGUAACAUCUUAUAUUCUCUUUAAAACAAUGUUUACAGAAAUAAAUUACUAUAUUAGUAAGUUAAUUCUAUUAAUAAU